GAAUAUUUUCGGGAAUUCAACCAACUGGAAACUUGCAUUUAGGAAAUUAUCUUGGUGCUAUACAAAAAUGGAUACAGUUACAAGAUAGCGGAGAAAAUGUUAUUUGGAGCAUUGUAGAUAUGCACUCUACUACUUUACCACAUGUAAAGAUUUGUUGAAUUUACGUUCUGUAUUUAAUGGAUCCCAAAGAAUUAAAUGAUAACAUACUUAAAAUGACGGCAACAUUACUAGCAUGCGGUAUUGAUCCAAAUAAGAGCAUAUUAUUUCAACAAUCUACUGUGGAUACACACGCACAACUGUCCUGGAUUUUGGGGUGUCUAACAACUUUAGCAAGACUAGCUCGCUUACCUCAAUUCAAAGAGAAAAGUCGGACAUUAAAAGAUGUCCCUCUAAGUUUAUAUAUUUAUCCUGUUCUACAAAGUGCUGAUAUAUUGUUGUAUAAAGCAACACAUGUUCCAGUUGGACAAGAUCAAGUUCAACACAUUCAAUUAGCACAGGAGUUAGCCAUUAAAUUCAAUAAAAGAUUUGGAAAUACUUUUCCCGUGCCUCAUUCUUUAGUUAAUGAAAAUGCAAGUCAACGUAUAAAAUCUCUUCGUGAUCCUUCAAAGAAAAUGUCGAAGUCUGACCAAAAUUCAAAGAGCAGAUUAGAUAUACUAGAUAAGCCAGAAGUAUUGGCAACAAAAAUAAAGAAGGCAGUUACCGAUUGUACAUCGAAGGUAACUUAUGAACCAGAAACACGGCCUGGUGUUGCAAAUUUAGUUAUUAUCCAUUCCAUGCUUAGUGGAAAAUCACCAAAUCAAAUAUGUUCUGAAGUAGAAGGGCUAGAUACUGGAAAAUAUAAAUUAGUGGUGACGGAUUUAGUUAUAGAAAAAUUGACCCCUAUUCGUGAAAAAUUUUCAAGAUUAAUUAAGGAACCAGUUUAUUUGCAAGAAAUUUUGAGAAGCGGUACAGAAAGGGCAACAGAUAUAGCUAGUGAUUGUUGGUGUGAAGUUCAAAAUAAAAUCGGCUUUAAAAAUGACAUUCUUAGUGAAAAUAAAUCAGUACAGAAUAUAAUACACAAUAUAUAAUAUAAACCGAAUAUUUAUUUAUAAAUAAGAUGUAUAUUUAUUUAAUAAUUACUAUUGUAUUGAUGA